UUGAGAAACACAUUUUGGCGGCCUCAAUGAGAGCAUGAGCCUCCAAAAAUUCCAAAGCCCGGGAAUUCAAAAAACACAAUGAAAACUCAAAACCCCCACUCUUCUCUUUUAUAUACUACUUACUAUAUGUGUAGUCAACAGAAGACGAAAACGCUUGUUACUGUGUUUUCUUAAAACGACGACCGGAAAACAUUUCAGUUAUUCCGGGGAUAUGGGUAUGGCCGUUGCUUCUUCAAGCUCAGAAGAAAACAAAGUCUCUUCGAAGAAUGGGAAUUACAAAGCGAAGCGCUCUAAGUGCCCCGGAAUCCGGGUUGUCGGCAAUCGGGUCUACGAUUCCCAGAACGGCAAGACCUGUCACCAGUGUCGUCAAAAAACGACGGUUUUAUCGGUGUCGUGUAAGAACUUGAAAGUGAAGAAGCCUUGUCCCAUAUAUUUCUGUUACAAAUGCCUCUUGAACAGAUAUGGAGAGAAAGCAGAAGAGGUGGAAAUGUUGGAUGACUGGAAAUGUCCCAGAUGUAGAGGCAUUUGCAAUUGCAGUUUCUGCAUGAAGAAAAGAGGUCACAAACCCACUGGUCAACUAGUGCAAAAGGCCAGGAUCGCCGGAUAUUCAUCUGUUUCAGAAAUGCUGAAUGUCAAAGUUCGUGACAAUUUUGGUAAUGAAUUGGUUGUUGACAACAUGGAUAUUUCACUGAAAGACCUAGUUGCUUUAAACAAGGGACAUGAAGUUUUUUCACUGAGGAUAUGGGGGAAGGAAAAAUCUGAUGAAAUAAAGUCAAAGAAAUUAAAGUGGGAAGCACUGAAGGAAAUAUGCAGGGAUGUUGGUGCUCACCCAAAGAAUACUAGCCCAAAGAAGCCUAAAAUUUCGGAGGAAGUCUCUAUAACAAACGGAAAGGAUGGUGGUGUCCUCUUUAUGAAAGAGAAUUCAAAAACACAUGUUUCAGAGGAUUUUCCUUUGAGUCCCAUUAAAUCAGAAGAGAUCAAAGAAGAAAAGGAUGGUGAAACUCUGAAAAAUGCAGGAGUUUCAUAUGCUAUGAAGAAUGGCAAUGCUAUGUCAUGUAAAGUCGGGAAGGGUACCAUGAAUCUUGAGAACAAAGAAUUUGAAGUUGACAUUCCUUUGCCUCAGGGUGCCAGCUUAAUGUCUGUAGCUGACAUUGAUUUACCUCCUGAAGAUGUUGAACUUGCAUUGCAAUUUUUAGAAUUUUGUGCCUCUUUUGGAAAGAGCAUGCAGCUAUUGUUUCACAAAUAAAAAAGUGAUGGAACUCAAGCUCAUGCUGCGAUGUUUGAUGCAAAGCGCAUGAUAUCUAAGAGCAAGCAAAGAUACUGAUGCCAUUGGAACAGAGGCUAUUUUCUUGGAUGUUGACGGUUGUGCAUUUUUGAUAUACUGAUGAACAGGAUAUUUUACCUCUAGGUUAUAGUUUAGUUUGGACCUUUUUUUAGUACAAAUAUUGAGAGAUGCCAGAAUCCAAAUGUAUACAGAGAGUCAGAAUCAUCUGAGACUAUAUAUCAUGAUAUUUAUGUACAACCUAUUGUAUCACCCAAUUGGCAAUGAUAAUUAUACAUGAUUCCAACAUUUUAUGGAUAA